CAGUCGGUGCGUUUGUCGAGUGAUAACAGAGCGCGAGUGAGCACGUCGCCGGCGGCCUGAUUUUCCUUCGCGACGCGCGCGUGUCUUUGCUUUACUUCUAUUCGCGCCGUGUGUGCAAAAGCAAACCUAACCUAACGUGCUUCGAUUAAUUAUGUUUUGUGUCACGCGGCCUCCUUGUUGAUACACUUGCAGGAACUACUCAAGACGAGAGAAAACAAUCGGCACAAGCAUGGUACGCGACAGACUCAAGGCUUUACAAGCGACCCGCGAUGAACUGGAGGCUGCGGGGGAGCUGCCAGAGGUCAUCGACCGCUACGUCUACGAGCAGCACAUCGACAUCGAUGAGGACGAGGAGAACGAAGACAGUCUGCAAAAUUUCUUCCUCAAGGUACAAAUGAUACGGUCAUGGAUCGAGACAACGGGAAACCACACGAGGGAGAUGCGCCGGCUUCAGAGCAGCAUCAUCUCGUCACCGAGGCCUGACGAAUUGGCGAAGACCGAGUUGGAGGACAGAAUGGCGGCGAUCAAGAUGACUUCGAACCAAAUCAGACUGGCGUUGAAAGAGUUGGCGGAGUGCGUCGCAAGGGCAGAGGAGAAAGCGAACGGCCGACCCUCGGCCACGCUUCGCAUCAGGAAGACGCAGUACCAGUCGCUGUCUAGGAUUUUUUCUGACACGCUCAUCGCCUACAACACAACCCAGCUCAAGUACAGGGAGGACUGCAAGGAAAGAAUUCGGAGGCAGUUGAAAAUCGCCAACAGAGAAACAACAGACGAUGAAUUGGAGAAAAUGCUUGAAAACGGAAAUGUGGCAGUCUUCACAGGCGACAUCGUGGUGCAAACUCAGGAAGCGCGGCAAGCGCUGGCGGAUGUCGAGGCUCGCCACAAGGAGAUUAUCAAACUCGAGAAAAACAUCACCGAGCUGCGCGAUCUAUUUAUCGAAAUGGCGAUGCUCGUGGCAACCCAGGGUGAUAUGAUAGACCGAAUCGAGACACACGUGAUGAACGCGGGGGAGGCGGUCUCCGAGGCAGCCAGGCAGACCAAAAAGGCGGUCGUGUACAGGAGCAAAGCCAGAAAAAAAAAGAUCAUCAUCAUCAUCGUGCUGAUUGUGAUCGCCAUCAUCGUCGCCCUGAUUUUAGUCUUCACCCUGAUGCCCGAAAAGGUCCCUGUCGCCCCACCGGUAACGGGCACAUCGACUCCCAAAACCGUAAUGCGGAGAUGAUAUGAAAGUGAAACUGUUUCGCGUGUGCAACUUUAUACUUUAUUUAACAUAAUAUGAUGGUUCCUACUCUAGUCCUGUAAGAUUGCUUCUCCAAUGAACUGAAUUUAUUUUUUAAAUAAUUAUUUCUGUGAAUGGUGUCUUUAUUUCUGUAUUGUAUGAAGAAAAUGUACAGUAAAAGAGUAAGUGUGCUUAAUCAAA